UUACUAUAUCUAUCUCUCCCUCCCUCCGUCUCAGUUCGUCACAGUUACCUCAGACAUUCAGAGUCACAAAUUUUGCCUCAGUGCUCUGUUUGACAAGGUGACGGAUUAGAUAACUGUCUGUCACUUGCGAGUUCAAAUCCUACCUGCGUCGGUUUCGCCAUUCCUUUACAAAUUCGAUAAAUUAAGUACCAAGUCAAGUACUUGAAGAAUCUAUUUUUGGAAAUCAUUAUCAUUAUUGUUAUAUUUUAAUAUUCAUGCAUUUAAAUUUUAGCAUUUCACUAAUUUGGACAUUGCAUCGAACCUAUCUUUGUCUAUUUCCUGGAUCCUGUGUUGUUAAUUGUUUUGUGUGCAAAACGGGACAUUUUUAAUCAAACGAAACCAAAGCCACAAGAAAAAUUUAAAUCACACACACACACAGACAGACAGACACGCACACACAGAAGCACUUUAAAUUCAUACAUACACGAAACUCGGCUCUUGGGUCACUAUAACUUCUGAUCAUUACACUCUCUGAAAAUUAUUAUAUCCUCAAAGAAAAAGGAAAACUUUGUUUUAAUUAUAUUUAACCCUAAGAAAAUAUACUCACACACACAUAAAAGAUAGAGAGAGAGAGGGGGGAAACUUGUUUCCUUUCCUUAUUUAAUUGUCUCGCCGCCGCCUCCUCGCCCUAACAGCAUUCAAUUUAUUCAUUUUCAAUUUGGAGUUUUACGAAUCGAGUCGGGCUGAAAGACUUGUCCGUCUUGAAAAGCAAGGAUACCCCCGAGCUACAUGUGCGUAGACGAGAUAUGGGAUGUUGUGAUGUUGAACCAUUAUCCAAAACAGUCGCAAUUGUUCGUGUAAAGACAGACAAAUAUAAUAAUAUCUACAGUUUUUAAUUUUAACAUAUACAUUCUUAUAUACCCUAUAUUUAUACACACACUGGGAAUAUCUGGAUAUUUUAGCGGCCAAGAUGAAUAGCAAUGCUGCUUGCGACCCGCUCUCUCCACCGGCUACACCUACAAGCCCGGAAUGCAAUGAUACCGAGCGUGAUGCCGCUGAAAUGUUACUCUCCCUCACUUCGAGAGACAACCGGCUUAUGUACCACCACAACCCACCCUGUACACCCCCUGAUGUCAGUGGCUCGGUCAUUAAUCCAAUCAAUGGCUCUAAUGAUAUUGUUUAUGAGCGUAACUCAUCCAGAUUGGAGCAGCUUCUCAACGGUGAAAAGGACCCAUCCAACAGAAUCUCUGUUAUAAAACCUCUUUUUAAGAACAACACCAUCUCAUCUCUGUAUGACACUCAACCAUUACCAUCAUCGGAAGACAGAACAAAAUCUGCUGCUAUACCAAAAUCUGUGAUCACUAGCACAGGCAAUGUGAACUAUAGAGCUGUCAGUAACUCACUGAACACCUCCUUAUCUCCUUCAUCUACCCUUCCAGAGGAUAGGAGUCGUACUUUUGCCACACUUCAGUCAAACCCUGUAACUCCUCUCAAAAACAAUAUUCCUAUAUAUGCUUCAGAAGGUGCACCACCCACUGCAGUUCCUUUGCCAGCCCAAGCUGUUGUAGUUGUACCUGAUACAAUGUGCAAUAUACCUUCGGCUGCGACCAUUAGUGCUGCUAAUACUACGGCUGCAGCUUCUCCUAUUCCUGCAAACCAAGCAAUCUUACUGUACCCUGGAAAUUGCUCGCCCCAGUUGGCUAUAAACAUAGUGUUUCUUCAAGUGAACAAGAAUUCCAAGGAUUUUCCUGAGAGAACCCUUGCUGACAGACUGUGCCCAAUUGCUCCAGCCCCUGCUCCAGGAGUCCCCAAUAAGAACUUUUCCAGCCAUUUUUCAGAUAUUAAGCAGAAAAAACAUGUUUGUCCAUAUGCCAACUGUGGCAAGUCCUACAAGAAGAGUUCACAUCUAAAGACCCACAUCAGGAACCACACAGGUGAAAAACCAUUCAAGUGUGACUGGAUGAACUGCAAGCAACAGUUUGCACGCUCUGAUGAACUGACACGGCACAAAAGGGCACAUACAGGUGAAAAGAAUUUCAAGUGUCACAUAUGUGGACGUUGCUUUGUGCGAUCUGAUCACCGUACCAAACAUGUGAAGACACAUAACAAGCAGAAAUCUCAGUCAAGCAACGUCAGCAGCAACAGUUUCAAUACCCCUCACAUCUCAUAAAAUAAUAUACAUGCAUACACGCACACACACAGACAUAUAUAUAUAUAUAUAUAUAUAUAAACAUAAACUGUCUGAUUUAGUCUAAAAUG